GACGAGUCUUUUCAUAUAUAAAAAUGGGAGCAUUUCUGAGACUGGGAAGUUGGAAAGAUCAAGCUUUAUUCAUCUUUCUGUUGCUAACUGUUUGGGAGGCUGUUGCUGGACAAAUCCACUAUUCCAUUGCAGAGGAAAUGCAGAAAGGUUCUUCAGUCGGAAAUAUUGCCAAGGCUCUGGGACUCAGUGUAAGGGAUCUUUCUGAACAAGGUGUGCGCAUUCUCUCUGCUCAUGAUAAAAUUCAGUAUUUUAAUCUGAAUCUCAACACUGGACAUCUACAGACCAGGGAACGAAUAGACAGAGAAAAGAUCUGCAGUGGAGCUGGUAAGUGCCUGCUAAAUUUCCAGAUUAUAAUGGACAGUAAAAUGAAGCUUUAUGGAGUUGAAGUAGAAAUUAGAGAUAUAAAUGAUAAUGCUCCCUACUUUCCACAAGGGGAACAGACAUGGAAAAUCAGUGAGGCAUCUACGGUGGGGUCUCGGUUUCCUCUUCCUGAAGCUCAAGACCCAGAUGUGGGCAUGAAUUCAGUACAGAGCUACCAUCUCACAGGGAGUGAAUAUUUUUCUCUGGAUGUUCAAAUGGGAGAAAAUGGCGUCAAGCAUGCUGACCUGGUAUUGGAAAAAUCACUAGAUAGAGAGGAGAAAUCAGUUUAUGACCUAAUCCUAACAGCUACCGAUGGAGGUGUUCCAGUUCAGUCUGGAAAUGUGCAAAUUCAAGUCAUUGUCCUAGAUGCAAAUGACAAUGCUCCAGUUUUCAGCCAACCUGUCUAUGAAGUGGAAGUCAAAGAGAAUCUCCCCAAAGGAUCCACAGUGUGCAUAGUAAGUGCCAUUGAUCUGGAUGAAGGGAUCAAUGGAGAGGUAAAAUACUCCUUCAGAAAAAUUGAAGAAGCAGCUUCCCAGAUCUUUCUCUUAGAUUCUACUACAGGAGAAAUAUCACUUGUAAGAAAUCUUGAUUAUGAGGAAUCACCUUCAUAUGAGUUUGAGGUACAAGCAGAGGAUGGGGGAAGCCUCUUUGACAGAUCCAAAGUACUGGUUAGCAUUACAGAUGUGAAUGAUAAUGCACCCCAAGUGGAAGUAGCUUCUCAAAUCAACUCAAUUCCUGAGGAUUCACCACCGGGAACAGUUAUUGCAAUUCUGAGAGCACAAGAUAAAGAUUCUGGAAUAAACGGGGAAGUCACGUAUUCCAUUGGCACCCAAAUCCCUUUCCAAGUGCAAAAGGUUGUUGAUGAUUUUUACAAUUUAGUGACAACCAAAGUCCUAGACAGAGAACAGGUGGCAGCCUACAACAUUACUGUCACAGUCAUGGAUCAGGGGACCCCCCCAUUUUCUACAACUACUCUUAUUCCACUCCAGAUUUUAGACAUAAAUGAUAAUCCUCCUCACUUCCUACAAGAAGUCCAUAUUUCUUACAUAAUGGAAAAUAACCCAAGAGGGGCCUCCAUAUUCUCACUGAAGGCAGAUGAUCCAGAUUGGGGAGAAAACUCCAGAAUAACAUAUUCCAUGGCUCAAAGAUACAGCAGAGAUUCCCUCAUUUCCUCCUAUCUCUCUAUUAAUUCAGAGACUGGGGUUGUCUAUGCCUUGAACUCCUUUGAUUAUGAAGAGAUCAGAGAGAUCAACUUCCAGGUGAAGGCCCAGGAUGGAGGCUCCCCACCCCUCAGCUUCAACGGCUCUGUGACCCUCUUCAUCCUGGAUCAGAAUGACAAUGCACCAGAAAUCCUGUACCCUUCCCCUCCCACCGAUGGCUCCACUGGGAUAGAGCUGGCCCCUCACUCCUCAGAGCCAGGUUAUCUGGUCACUAAGGUAGUGGCUGUGGAUGCAGAUUCUGGCCAAAAUGCUUGGCUCUCUUACCAGUUGAUCAAGGCCACGGAACCAGGGCUGUUCACUGUGGGGCUCCACACUGGAGAGGUCAGGACAGCUCGGUUCUUUCUAGAGAAGGACACCCUCAAGCAAAGCCUGGUGAUUUUGGUCAAGGACAAUGGGCAACCAUCUCUUUCUGCCUCAGUGACGGUGACUGUGGUGCUGGCUGACAACAUUCCUGAAAUCCUCUCAGACCUGAGCAGCAUCUCAUCUCCCAUAGAUCCCCCAUCAGAUCUCACCUUCCACUUGGUGGUUGCUGUAGCUUUUGUCUCCUGCCUGUUCUUUACCUUCCUUCUUGUUUUGCUGGCCCUGAAGUUGUACAGAUGGAGAAAUGCUCAGUUUCUUGAGUCUGGGAGUUUGAAUUUUAGUGGUGUUCCUGUGUCACAGUUUGUAGGAAUUGAUGGAGUCCGGGCCUUUCUUCACUCUUAUUGCCAUGAGGUUUCUUUGACUAGAAAUUCUAAGAAAGACCAUUGCAAUUAUCCAGAGGGCAAUUAUACAGAUUCAUCAAUCAAUGAGCAGUCCUGUGAAAUAAAUGAUCCUAUCUUCUUCCCUUGUGAUCUUAAUACCACUGACAAAGGUACUCCUCCUCUUUCCACACAAAAAAUAAUUCCACUCCAGAUCUCCGAUAUCAAUGACAAUGCCCCUGCUUUUGAGAAAUCCUCCUACAACAUUUAUGUGCCAGAAACCAAUCCCUCCGGUGCCUCCAUUUUCACUAUUAAAGCCACAGAUCCAGACAUGGGCCAGAAUGCACGGAUCACAUACUCCAUCCUCUACAGCAACAUGGAAGAGCUUCCCACCUCAUCGUACAUCUCCAUUCAUUCUGAGACAGGCACAAUCUAUACCCAGCGAUCCUUUGACUAUGAACAGUUCAGGGAAUUUCAGCUGCGAGUGAAAGCCCAAGAUGGGGGUUCUCCCCCUCUCAGCAGCAAUGCCACCAUCAGGGUGUUUAUUCUGGAUUGCAAUGACAACAGACCUCAAAUCCUGUCCCCUUCCCAAGAAGCCAAGGGCUCGGCCUCGUUUGAGAUGGUCCCUCGCUCAGCUGAGGGAGAUUACCUAGUGACUAAAGUUGUGGCUGUGGAUGCUGAUUCUGGACACAAUGCCUGGCUCUCAUACCAUGUUGUUCAAGCCACUGAGCCAGGCUUCUUCUCAGUUGGCUCUCAUACUGGUGAAAUCAGGACAACCAGGGCUUUUUUGGAGAGAGAUGCUGUGAAGCAGAGGCUGGUUGUGAUGGUGAAGGACAAUGGGCAGCCAUCUCUCUCCGCCACUGUUACUCUGAACCUGGUGUUUGCUGAGAACUUCCAGGAGGCCCUUCCUGAAAUGAAGAACCAGCCAAGCAUCUCUGAGUCUCAGUCUGAUCUCCAGUUCUAUCUGGUGCUGGCCUUAGCCUUGAUCUCCUUCUUAUUCCUCUUGACAGUCAUUCUGGCCAUUACGAUGAAGAUUCGGCGCUCAGGGCAUCCUAAAUUCCUGCAGUGUUUUGGACCGGUUCCCCACUCCAAGGGUAGUAUCAUGUUUCCACCUAAUUUUGAAGAUGGGACUUUGCCCUAUUCCUAUCAGCUUUGCCUUUCCUCAGAAUCCAGGAAGAAUGAGUUUACUUUUCUGACCCCUCAUGUUCAGAUUGCAGACCACAUUCUCAGUUCUGAGAAACCUGAUGCACCUUUCACAGGGAAUGAUGAAAGCAACUUAAAUUGUCAGUUGCAGAAUGUUGACAAGUGGACCUACUUUAAUGUGAUUUACUAUGACAAAAAGGAAGAUUCUAGUGGCAAAUUUACAUUCUUGUCUUCAUCUGGAAUAUCUUGUUCUCCUUAA